GCAGCAGCAGCAGCAGCAGCAGCAGCAGGAGGAACAGAGAACCUGGAGCUGGAGGAGAGAGGGACGAAGAGCCGAGAGCAUCCCAAAGUUUGAGUCUGCAGCUGUUCGUGCUCAACACGCACAAGGACCAGGCUACGAGGAGUCAGCACCGGCACCGUUAUCCAAAACAACCCAAAUGAUGCCCAGCUCGAGGUCGAUCGGCUGCUGUGGAGACGUCAUCAUGGAUCUUUAUCCUUGACAAGAAAGAGAGACACUCCAAGACGUGCGGUUGUGAUUUCCAUUGAAGAUCGCUCAACAAAUAUUCAUCAACCCCAUAAUCCAUUGGCCCUUUGAUAACUGACACUGGGCACAGGAUUAAUCGUCUCUCUGCUCCAUCUCAGCUAAAGAAAUAGACCCUUAGACCCCAGAGCAGCUCCAAGCAGGAAUCUAUUAACUCAUCUGGAAACACUAAAGAGGGAAAGAGAUGAGGCCCAUUCACUCUUUGGAAUGAAAUCUGCUGAUGGACCAUGAAAUAAAGUGCACAGAUAAGCUCUCCUUUUCUUUUUGUCCUAAAUGUGUUUGGCCUUGACUUUUUUUUUUUGUCUGUGAGGCUUUCGGGGGCCCUGCAGCUUCCCUCUCCUUGCACCCCACUGUAAGCUCAGUAAUCAAAUCAGCCGAACAGACUUCCUUCACUUCAGUGAGGACCGGUGGUACGUCGGUGUCUCUGUGAUGACUUUUCUUUUGUGUGUAAUCCGUGCUUAAUAGAUCAACUGGUGGCUUCUAUUUCAGCGGGGAUCAGAGCAGUCAGCAGCUCCCUGCCGAGCAGUUCUUUAUGCUUCACUGUUUGAAUCAGCACUUUGUCAAGUAUUUAACACUCCUCUGUUUCUUUCAGAUUCACUGAGCACUGCACCCUGAUAUUGUGUUUUCACAUUCAUGGCUGAACGCCUGACAGAGGGAUCCAUACUUCAAGCUGAUGAGGAGUGAGCAGUGGGGGAAGUCGUGGUUUAGAGGGAGCUCCAGUGAUUCUUCGUCUCAACCAGGAACAUCUGUCUGUGAUGUCAGCCCAACUGGAUGAGCUCGGUGAACACAUUCUGCAUUCAGCGGACUGAAGACUGAACUGCAUGAAGCCACUUUUACUUUGUGACUGAAAAAAACGUACCUUCUGAGUCAUUUUCUACCUCUUGCUGCUUGUCUUGUCAGGAGAGGCAGUUUUCUGAAGAGAUCAUCCCAAAGGGAAACAGUGAAAGUAACUUAUUACAACACCUGACAGCUCUCUGACCUACUUAUCAUGCUUCAGCGAGCUGGGCUGAAGGAAAAACUUUGCAUUUAGCAGUUGCCACCAGGGAAGGUGGUGCACUGUUUUAUAUUCAGGGCUAUUGAUCCACUGACCUCCUGAUCUAAUUAGCCAUAAACAAACGGCCAAGCGGAUGAACACCUGGUGUUGCCGGCCUCUGCAGACGCUUUAAAUAGCCUCGUGAACACUUGUCUCUGGCUCUCAGUUCAGUGACAUAACACACACACACAGACAGCUAUAUGCAACUGGGUGAUAAAAGUCCAUCUGUACGUCAUUAACUCCCUCAGAGAGUGCGAUCAGACAUGUGUUUGGAUUAGCACGAGGCAGUGUGUCCUGUCUACAUUGAGUGAAGGGUGAGAGCUGACGUUGCCUUGAUAAAAAACAAAAAAAAACUAUACCUGCCCGAGGGUGGGCCACUAAAGCUGGAUGCCACAGAGCUUGAUUAAAUCGCUUCCCUGAAAUGUGCGACGGUAAAAAAUAGUCCAUGUUAAUUGAAAAGUGCUUGUGUGCAUAUUCAUGUGUGUCUGUCACAUUGUCGGAGCAGAUUAAGGCUGGGCCUGUCUGGGUCAUGUCACUCUGACUGACCUAGAUUUAAUUAAAUAAACUGGCCACCAGAGGAACAUGUGCGUCCCCCUGUGAUCAGAACACACACACAUCUAUUACUGGAGUCGUCUUACAUGUUGACAACCUGCUAACUUGGGCUACCUAACUUCAUCACCCAACAAACAGGGUCUACAGUAUAAAACCUGUAAAGCAUCUUUUUUUAUUAAGUCUCGUAUUAAGGUCUCCAUUUUGGCCUCUCUCGCCGCGCUGCCACUAAUGAGCACGUUCCCUUUCUUCUCUGCAACUCCUCCCAACACACCAACCUUCCAGUCAGUGUGUAAACCUUGCCUUCGGGUCCCGUGGAGGAUGAACGAUGUGCCCACCAUUGACUACGAGUUGCUGCUGUCCCCGGCCAGCUCCUCCCUCCCCGGCAGUCCUGGCGGUGGCAGCAGCAGCCCCCCUCUGACACUGGUCGGGGUAGACAAUGAGCAGCGCACCGCCUUGGCCUUCGUAGGUCUACUCAUGCUUUUCCUGGUCUUCCUGCUGGUCAGGUGCUUCAGGAUCCUGCUUGACCCAUACAGCCGCAUGCCUGCAUCAUCCUGGACUGACCACAAGGAGGGGCUGGAGAGGGGUCAGUUUGAUUAUGCACUGGUGUAGGGUGGUGUGUCAACAGGGUGUAGAAGAGGGAAUAUUUCAAAGUACACAGACACAAUCUUUUAGGGCAUAGUCUAAUUCAGAGAUGGUGAUGGACGGUGUCGAUGCAGGGUAUUAAAAAUGCUCCAUAAGCAGUAGGUUUACCUGAUGUUACUGCAGUCUGUGCACUGGUGUAAAUAUGAGGCUGCUGUACCUUAUCCUACCACAACAAGAUCGGUCCAACCAGAGCCUCACCCUGCAAGAUAAACUCUCACCCAAACCCAGAAAUAAUAAGCUGCACAGCUGCCUUAACCUGAACUAAUGUAUGACGCGAACAUGCCGCCACAUAACGACAUCACCUUUAGGGCUAGUUUUUCCAAAUUCGACUUGUCACAUCACGACAUAGUUUCGAACCUCAACGCUGCAUUUGUGGUGAGAACACGCAGGAAGGACACGGUUUACACUUGAGCAGACGCCCCUUUAAAUGAACCACGGUCCAUUAAAAAGCCUCCAUAUGUCGACGUGCUGAUCCUGCAGCACAAACCUCACGUGUGUCAUGAUUUCGGACACUGAUCCUCGAGCAGCACCAGACGAGCUCCAGAUGCUUUUUUAGAGCCCGAGCACGUAGUUUAUGUGUCCAUAAAACUUUGUCCGUGUAUGUUUUGUGUGUUACUGUCACUAUAACUGAGAAGCCAUAUUGAAACUAUAUAAUCUCUUACACUGCAAGUAGAAUUUAUGUUCAUUGGUUGUGUCCUUUGCUUAGUCGGCCUGCCAAGUGUGGUGAUGAAGCAAACAGCGACUUUUAGGGGAAAAAAAGCUUUAUUUUUCUAUUCCUGACUCAAGUUUGAGAGUCUCCUUUUUGCUAUCUUUCUGUCCUUCUCCUCUCACCAUAUCGAUCCUUAGACCGUGAGUUUUCAGAGGUAGUCGCAAAGCAGGUAGCUUUGCUCCUUUGUGUUUUGUAACUACAGAUUUUUCUGACUAUCUGCUUUGUUUUUGAUACGCUGUGCUGAAAUCGGUGAAAUGAUAAGAAUUCCUCCUUCAAUUACUCUUCUUUAAUUUCCACUGAUAGAUCGACUGUGUGGAAGUUGAGAAUGAAAUAAAAACGAUUACUACUUCUUCA